AUGGCGUUCGAAGGGAUACCCCAAGAAAUGCUUGCUGUGCAGGUAGUAGAGUUCAACAAGCCGUACCAAAUCCACAAAGUCCCGACGCCCACCUCGCUCAAACCACACGAAGUACUUCUCAAAACGGUGGUUGCCUCGCUUUGCCACACUGACAGCAUGGUCACCGCGGGCGUGUUCCCAACCAAGCUUCCCUGCACGGCGUCGCACGAAGGAACUGGGAUUGUCGUCGCCGUCGGGUCACAAGUCACCAACUUCAAGAAAGGCGAUCGAGUCAUGUCCGGACUGCCACGCAACCCAUGUGGGAAGUGCUUUAACUGUCAGGGCCCGAAUGAUUGGCAUCAGUACUGUGAACAUAUCGAGGGCACUAUUGGUAUCUUUGUGGAUGGCGCGUUCAGUGAGUAUCACGUCGUGGAUAGUCGUGUGAGCUGCCACAUCCCGGACGAGGUGAGCUUUGCGAGUGCGGCGCCGUUGGCUUGUGCGGGCUGUACUAUUUAUAGGGCGAUAAUCGUGGCUGAAGUGCCCGAGGGCGGUUGGUUAGGGAUUGUUGGCGCGGGCGGAGGGUUGGGACAUCUCGGGAUACAGUUUGCGCAGGCAAGAGGUCUGAACGUCGUGGCGGUUGAUGCUAGAGAUGAGGGGCUCGAAUUAUGCAAGAAGGCUGGAGCGAAGCACAUCUUCGAUGCCAGAGAGAGCAAAGCAAAAGUGGUCGAGCAGGUGCGGAAGCUGACUGAUGGCUUGGGCGUGCAUGCAUCCGUCAACGUGUCGGAGCAUGAAACGAGCGCCGAUAUGGCCUGCGCAAUAACCAGGAUGCACGGCACGAUGGUGCAGACGGCUCAACCUGAUCGUGUUUCUGUGGCCUUCCACGAACUCAUCUUCCGCGACAUCAGGAUCAAAGGCACCUUGAUCGCAGGCCAAGAGUACAGCCAGCAGAUGCUGAACGAUGCCGCAAAACAUGGCGUGAAAGUCGAAACAAACAUCUUUUAUGGUCUGGAGGAAGUCCCCAAGAUGGUUGAGCUGGCUCACAGCGGGAAGAUGAAGGGCAAGGCAGUCUGUGUGGUUGACAAGGCUGAAUUUGACAAGGAGAAAGCUCAGCAUUAG